AUGGCGGAACUGGGGAAGAAGUACUGCGUGUACUGUCUGGCUGAGGUGAGCUCGCUCCGUUUCCGUUGCACCGAGUGCGCCGACAUCGAGCUCUGCCCAGACUGCUUUUCGGCAGGCGCCGAGAUCGGGCCGCACCGCCGAUGGCACGGCUACCAGCUGGUGGACGGCGGCCGCUUCACCCUCUGGGGGGCCGAGGCCGAGGGCGGCUGGAGCAGCCGGGAGGAGCAGCUGCUGCUGGACGCGAUCGAGCAGUUCGGCUUCGGCAACUGGGAGGAUAUGGCUGCUCAUGUUGGAGCAUCCCGAACUCCCCAGGAAGUGAUGGAACACUAUGUAAGCAUGUAUAUCCAUGGCAACCUUGGAAAAGCCUGCAUCCCUGACACUAUACCUAACAGAGUGACAGAUCACACUUGUCCUAGUGGUGGCCCACUUUCUCCUAGCCUGACCACACCCCUCCCUCCUUUGGACAUAUCAGUGGCGGAACAGCAGCAGUUGGGAUAUAUGCCACUUCGAGAUGACUAUGAGAUUGAGUAUGACCAGGAUGCUGAGACUCUGAUCAGUGGUCUUUCAGUGAACUAUGAUGAUGAUGAUGUGGAAAUAGAAUUAAAAAGAGCUCACGUUGAUAUGUAUGUAAGAAAACUUAAGGAGAGGCAACGGAGGAAAAACAUUGCACGAGAUUAUAAUCUGGUACCUGCCUUUCUUGGGAAGGAUAAAAAGGACAAGGAAAAAACUCCAAAACGGAAGAUCACAAAAGAAGAAAAGGAGUUGAGGUUAAAACUGAGGCCUCUCUAUCAAUUCAUGUCUUGUAAGGAGUUUGAAGACUUCUUUGAAAACAUGCACAAGGAGAGGGUACUUCGAGCAAAGAUUCGAGAACUGCAGCGGUACCGUCGAAAUGGAAUCACCAAAAUGGAAGAGUCAGCAGAAUAUGAGGCAGCUAGACAUAAACGGGAGAAGAGGAAGGAGAAUAAAAAUAUAGCCAAUUCCAAGAGAGGAAAGGAAGAUGGUAAGGAUGGGGAAUUUGCUGCAAUUGAAAAUCUGCCUGGCUUUGAACUCUUAUCAGACAGAGAAAAGGUGCUCUGUAGCUCUCUAAAUCUGAGUCCGGCACGUUAUGUGACUGUGAAAACUAUAAUUAUUAAAGACCAUCUCCAAAAAAGACAGGGUAUUCCCUCAAAAAGUCGCCUUCCCAGUUAUUUGGACAAGGUACUAAAGAAAAGGAUUUUAAACUUCCUAACAGAAAGUGGUUGGAUAUCUAGGGAUGCUUCAUGA